CAUUAUAUAUAUGAGAUGAGUACUGGAGCCGUAAUGCAUUUGUUUACUUGCAAUCAUUCGCGAUGCUGUUUGAUCUAAAGAAUAGAGUUGUUCUCAUAACUGGAGGGUGCAAUGGGAUCGGAGCUAAGGUCAUCGAGUUUUUGCUUGAUGAAGACGUCAAGCACAUUGCAAAUCUAGACGUCUCUGAGGACAUUGGCAUCGCUAAGCAGGACAAGUUAAACGAGAAGUAUGGCGAAAACAAAGUUAAAUUCUACAAAUGUGACGUCACAAACGAUGCUGAAUUACUUGGCGCGUAUCAAUCAGUUCUGGACGAACAUGGAUAUAUUGACGUCGUGAUAAACAACGCUGGCAUCAUGAAUGACAGCAAAGAGACAUAUAGGAAGCAGAUUCAAAUUAAUUUCCUUGCUCUAACAACGAGCACGUUGAAAGCAAUGGAUAUAAUGAGAAAAGACGAAGGUGGCAAGGGCGGUGUCAUAGUCAACAUAUCUUCAAUAGCAGCGCUGCUUCAAGACGAAUUCCUGCCUAUAUAUUACGGAACUAAGAGUGCUGUUCUGCAAUUCAGCAACUGUAUUGGGUUACCUCGAUAUUUCUCCAGAACUGGCGUCCGUGUUUUAACAAUGUGUUUCGGGGCCACAAACACCGCCCUCCUGCACAAGGACAUGAUGGGAAACUUUGAUAAAGUCAUUGAAAACGAGAUGAUGGACAUAUUAUCAAAGCACCCGAUGCAAAAGGUGGAAUCCGCUGCUUUGUGUAUGAUCGAGGUUUUAAAACGCGGGAAAAGUGGCAGCACUUGGUUGUCCAUCGCUGACAAGCCCGCACAGGACAUCACACCCGAAGUCAAGAAAGCCUAUGGAAUACUGACCGAACUCAUAUUUUAAAUAAUAAAAACAUUAUAACAUUCUCGUAUCACGGAAAAUUUUUUUAGUUUCUUCUAAAGGCACUGCAUAUUUUUAAUAUUCUGAUCAUAUAUUCGUUUAUUCCAAAAUAGCAUUUAAUUCUAAACGAAAUUUUGUUAAAUAUAUAAUAUUUAUUUUAA